AUGGAGAUUGACACGGGAUCUUCUGUGUCUAUCAUAGCGUGGCACACCAUUUCCCGCUUAGUGCCCUCCCUUAGAAAACACCAAUUAGAUCGGGCUCGACUAAAGCUUCGUGAUUACCAAGGUAAUCACAUUCCCAUUUUGGGUUCCGGGUAUUUUCAAGUUCAAUAUAAGAACUUUAAUGAUCGCCUUAGAAUCAUAGUUGUUGAUGGCAUUCUCCCCUCUCUGCUAGGUCUGGAGUGGUUCGAUGCAUUGGGUUUGGCCAUAACAGGCAUACAUGCUCUUGCAUCAGACCACUUCUCCGAUCUCUUCCAGGAAUUCUCUGAUGUCUUCAGUAAGGAAUUAGGCAAAUACAAGGGGUCUCCCAUCUCAUUAAAUUUAGAUCCCUCAAUAGCUCCUAUUCGCCUUAAGCCUCUCAGGGUUCCUUUCGCCCUUCGCACUAAAGUUGAUCAGGAAAUUGACAAAUUAUUGGCACAAGGUAUACUACAACCAGUGGACCAUGCUCGCUGGGAGACGCCUAUAGUGAUCCCCAUUAUGGCCGAUGGAUCGAUAAGGAUCUGCGCGGACUACAAGGCCACGCUCAACAAGGCUCUACAGGCAAACCCGUAUCCUGUUCCGGUGGUCCAACAUCUUCUGCAUUCAUUGGGCCGCGGCAGCAUAUUCGCCAAGCUCGACAUGGCACAGGCCUAUCAGCAGCUUGAGGUAGAUGAUGAGUCCGCGGAGGCGCAGACGAUCGUGACUCACCGCGGUGCCUUCAAAUGUCGCCGGCUGCAAUUCGGGGUCUGUGUGGCCCCCGGCAUUUUCCAAUGCCUGAUGGAGAGACUCUUACAUGGGUUGCCGGGGGUCGUCCCCUAUUUCGACGACAUCUUUGUGUCAGCCACCGAUGAGGCUGAGUUGCUACACCGCCUCACCGACCACAAGCCACUCUUGGGCAUCCUGGCUGGGGAUCGUCAAACCCCCCUCAUCCUGUCACCAAGGAUGACACGAUGGGUUGGGUUCUUAGCAGCAUACCAAUACACCUUGGUCUACAGGCCAGGCAAGGCUAUUGGGCACGCGGACGCAUUGAGCCGUUGCCCCCUUCCAAUUCCUGCAGAGGACCCUGCCCCUGCCUCAUCAGUCCUGUUUAUCAACGACCAGGCUAUUCCAGUGUCAGCAUCAGAUGUGGCGAAGUUCUCUUCCAAGGACCGUACCCUCCGCCAGGUGGCCGACUGGGUGAGGAGGGGGUGGCCCCUUGGGCAGUUGGCUUCCGAGUUUCAACCUUACAAGGUCAGGCAGCAUGAAAUUUCUAUCAUCAGAGGCUGCCUACUCUGGGGCUCCCGAGUGAUAAUUCCAGAUGAGCUCCGUGGCCGGAUCCUCAAUGUCUUGCAUGAAGGCCACCCAGGCAUCACCCGCAUGAAGGCAUUAGCCCACAGUUACCUGUGGUGGCCAAGGCUAGAUGGGGAAAUCGCUGAGUGGGUGGCCGGGUGUCCAAGGUGCCAGAUCCAUAGAGCAGCUCCUCCAGCGGCAGUGGCCACUGAAUGGGAGAUGCCAAAAAGCCCCUGGGCCCGCGUCCACAUAGAUUUUGCCGGCCCCAUCCAAGGUCACAUGUUGUUGAUUAUCGUUGACGCUUACUCUAAGUGGGUCGAGGUUGUCUCAAUGACCUCUAUCACCUCAGAGGCACUGAUCCAUGCACUUAAGAGAGUUUUUGCCACUCAUGGUUUGCCUGAUGUUUUAGUGUCAGAUAAUGGGCCGCAGCUAACCUCAGCGGCCUUCCAAGCAUACCUGGCAAAGCAGGGCAUUCGCCACGCCACUAUUGCUCCAUUUCGUCCUGCCUCGAAUGGCCUGGCUGAAAGGACAGUCCGCUCAGCUAAAGAAGUCCUAGCUAAAUUACGACGAUUGAGGACUGUGUUAGAUCGUUUGCAUCCUGAGUACUCGCCAGAGAAACCCCCUAAUUCUACCAGUGGAGCCCGCGCAUUCCAAGUGGGGGAUUGGGUGUAUGCCCAGCAUUUUGGGGGGGACCCGCGGUGGCUGCCAGGUCAAAUAGAAGAAGUGACCGGCCCCCGUUCAUACCGGGUUCAGUUGGAAGAUGGUCGCAUGUGGCGGCGCCAUGUGGAUCAACUGUGCCGCCGCCACAUGCCCCCAUCCAAUGUACCGAGCAACACAGAUCUGGCCGCAUCGAAUCAGCCACCACCUGUACAAAGCAAAGAGUCCCGUCCAGAAAUCAUGCCCAAUCCUGAUAGUCCACCCACAACUUCACCAGCUGUCGAUUUACCUCAAAGGCCACAUCAGGACCAGUCCAAUGAGUUUCCAUCCAGCGCGGCUGAACAAGCCCCAGAAGUUCGUGAAGUUCCUGUGCGGGUCCCAUCAACAGCACCUGGUACGGUUGUACUGCGCAGUUUUGAAAUUCAUCAAAGGCAGAUUUUAAUAUUCGAAAAUGCAAGUUCCACUUUGGUUGGAUUUGGUAAGAUCCAGAAUGCUCAGUGUGAUUUUGCAAGGCGCUAA